UCCAAGAUACCAAAGGAAACGUGAAAGUCACACAGGGUGCUGUAAAAGCAAAAAGAUGUGGUUCCCACUUGUUUUGCUUCUGGUUGCUGGAAAUUUUCAGAUUUCAACAGCAUUGGUAAAACAAAGUUUUGGCAAAGUAAACAUCACUGAAAGCUCAUCCGAUGGUUUCUACUGCGAGACUGUCAAUUUUGCAACUCCGUUUCAAUAUGGUGGAACAAUCAGAGUUUUCCCCUCAUUGAGUCACGAAGAUCACCCGGGAAAUGAAAACGAGGCUUCGGUUGCUGUUGUUGGUUCCAUUGAUUGCUAUGCCUUCUCAGUCUGUCUCAUGGAACCUGCUCGGCCGACAGGGGAAAUGACCUUGAAUUGGUUUGCAUUCAGCGACAGUGUUCUACCACGGGGGGUCCUGACUGGGAGCGUUUAUUACAAUGCGUUCACAAGUGGAAGUACCUUUAGCGCUCCACCCAAAAUAUUUCUCAGCGUCCGACAUAGUGGAAAUACUAAACGGAAAGAUGUGAUGACUUCGUGGACAGAAGAUGUGACUGAAAAUCAUUUUCGAGUCUGCUUAAGAGAAAUGGUUUCAUUUUCUGGAAUUCAUCAGAAUCUUUAUGUCGAUUGGGUAGCAAUGGAAAAUACAUUCAGUCGGAACAUGACUGAUCUUGAUUCAAUAGGGUUCCUUAACAUCAAUCAACCUUCUUCUCAAGACAAUUACGCAUAUUGUCAGGUUCAAAAUUUUACUCGACGCUUCUAUGAGCCCCCAGCAGUUCUUGUCAGCGCCCACCGCCCAUUUUUACAUCUGACAGACCAAAACAUUGCCACGUGGGUUAAGGAUGUAAGUAUUACAGCGUUUGAAGUUUGCAUCAAAGAUCUUCCUGGAAUAAGCGGCCAACAUGAGCCAAUUAUCGUCGACUACGCCGCAGUAGGAGACCUUGAUCCAUGUCUGGACGUCACGUGUGAGAAGUUCGCAGUUUGUCGUGCGUUUGGACCCUACGAUGCACGUUGUGUUUGUGUGACAGAUUGCCCUUCGGUCGAACAAAAUGUCUGCGCUUCAAACGGACAGAACUUUACGAAUGUUUGUCUCUUUCAACUGGAAGUCUGCCAAACCAAGGCAAACUAUACAUACUAUCAUCACGGGAGUUGCAGAGGUUUCCCAUUGACAAGAGGCCGCAGACAUGUAACCGACGUUCUUCGCUGGUCAGACUCACAUUGCCAGACUGUUCAAUUUGAUCCUUUAACUUUUUAUCCCGACAAGCCUGUCCACGUGCAGAUCAGCGUGAGCCACGUGAAUGAUACGAGUAACGUACAUGACGCGGCGGUGUCAUGGGUAGAAAAUGUAAGCGAAAACAAUUUCACGUUUUGUGUCAUGGAAUCAGGAAGAAAUGAAGGUCCACCCCAUGGAUUUGCCACUGUUGAGUAUAUGGCUUAUCAAGGCGCUCCCAGCGGAGGGUUGGCAGGAGUAGAGUCAAUUCCGGAGUGGUGGACUGGAACUAAGUGCCAACGUGUGGACAUAUCUUUGGGAUCAUUUUCGUCCGCACCUACUGUCCUGGUUACUGCAGAACAUCAUCGACUGAGCCUCAAACACGACGCUGCCUCUCUGUGGUUGGAAGAUGUCACAAGCUCGUCAUUUAAAUUCUGUCUUCGUGAGUUACAAAACUUUGAUGGACCUCAUCAGGACAUCUAUGUUAACUGGCUAGCGUUCGAAACAAUUGAACAGCCGUUGUUCACUGAACACAGUUCUAGUUAUUUCGCCCAGUCAUCCCAGAAUCCUUUAUCAAUAACCAAUUAUGCCCAAUGCCAGGAUGUUCCUCUUUCCGAAAAUUAUACACAACCGCCAACAGUGCUACUUUCAGCAAAGCAUAGUUCAUCUGGAGGAAAUGUUAAUCCAAAACACAACGCGAUUUCUGCAUGGAUCGAGACAAUCACAACUUCUUCAUUCAAACUUUGUUUCAAAGAGCUGUACAGCAGCAAUGGCUAUGAUGCUGUAACGGUUUCCCAUGUUGCUUUAAGAGAAAUCUGUGACCCGGAUUGGGUAUACUAUAAAGGGUAUUGUUACCGGGCAGAAUCGGCGUGUGAAACAUGGACAACUGCUUCUGCGAGGUGCAUGGCUUACAAUUCAAAUCUUGUCGGAAUUGAAAAUGCUGAAGAGGACGUCUUUGUUCAACAUCUUCAUCAUGGUCGGCCAUCUUGGAUUGGACUUAAUGAUCAAGCAAAUGAAGGGGUGUAUUUAUGGACAGAUGGUGGACCUGUCUCGUACACACACUGGGCUCCAGGGAUGUCCACACCUUACAGUGAUGGAGAGGACUGUGUUGAAAGUUCGGGCAGAGAUAUGAAAUAUCACUGGCAAUCAUCAUCAUGUAACAACUGUCGAGAUUUUACUUGCAAGAAAGAUUACGAUGAAUGCAGCGAAAAUAUGAACACAUGCGACCAAAAUGCAGUUUGUACAAAUAAUGCAGGCUCCUAUACCUGCCAAUGCCGGAGUGGUUUUUAUGGGGAUGGUCAUGUAUGCACAGACAUCGACGAGUGCUCCAGUGGAACUCACACGUGCCACCAUUUGGCGAAUUGUAUCAACAAUGCCGGCUCCUACACAUGUCAAUGCCGCAGCAACUACAUUGGAGAUGGGCGCUACAGCUGCACAGCCAAUUGUGGAGAUCCAGGAUACCCACAGAGAGGAUACGCUGUUGGUUCGGAUUUCACCGAGGGUCACACGGUCACAUUCCGUUGUCAUUACACUGGUGAAUCGGUGGAUGGUGCUUUUUCUACCACCUGUUCGUCCAGCGCCACGUGGAGUCAAUCCACUCCUUCGACAUGUUUCUCCCCUAGUAUUCGUCUUACUUCAGGCAGUUGUGGAAGAGUUGAAGUUUACCAUCCGUCUUAUGGAUGGGGAACGGUGUGCGAUGAUUUAUGGGAUAUAAAUGACGCCAAUGUGGUAUGUCGUCAACUUGGAUACAAUAGAGCUAAUGGUGCGUAUCAAUCUGCCCACUACGGUCAAGGCACUGGACAGAUAUUGCUUGAUAAUUUACAAUGUACUGGUUCUGAGUCAUAUCUUUGGGACUGCCCUGCCUAUAUUGGUUGGGCCCGGAACGACUGUAGCCAUUCUGAGGAUGCAAGUGUUUCUUGCACCUAUUAAAAGGAUGCUUCACGCAAGCUAGAACACUAAAUUCGAUCGAAAGAUUGAUAACGUUUGAUUUUAAGGUACAGCAGUAAAAUUAUAUGGUAUGAAUCAAAUUAUAAUUGUAUAGUUAAAAUGAUCAAUUCAACGUGUAUUUCCAAAACAAUAAACUGAACUCUU